GAGAAAAUCACAGCUGAUACAGACUAAUGCUCAUCGCAGUGCUUGAGUUAUUGACCUCAUCUCAACGAAACUUCUGCAAUAAGAAUGGACCAUGACCGGCAUAGCAGUAAGAGAAGUGGUCAACGCAGCAGACACCAUGAUGAUAAUGAUAAUGAUGAGUCAGUCUACAUUGGCGUUCCAGUGCCACAGGGCUACAGAAGAAAGCGCAGACGUCACAGGCACACGUCACGGAAUUCCCAUGACCGCGACAGCCAGGAUAGACACCACAAUCGGCAUGGUCACCUGGAUCGAGAGGAACCAUAUGACCCAGAUGAAGGGGACCAGGACUCCAAUGAGCAGUUCUCUGACAUCAACUCCAACAUGUCCCCCGCAGCAGGGAGACUGCGGCACAUCCUCAGUGAGGAAGAUGAGCCCACACCCACACUCUUUACUGAGAUGGACACACUGCAGCAUGAGGGUGGAGAGAUGGAGUGGAAAGAGUCAGCCAGGUGGGUUAAGUUUGAAGAAAAGGUGGAGGAGGGUGGAGAGAGAUGGAGCAAGCCACAUGUGUCCACACUGUCUCUGCACAGUCUAUUUGAGCUGCGCACCUGCCUGCAGACGGGCUGCAUACUGCUGGACCUGGAGGGAUACUCACUGCCACAGAUAGUGGAUGACCUCAUAGAGAAGCAGAUACAAGAGGGUCUUGUCGAUCCAGAGAUCCGUGAGAAGAUCAGUUUUGUCCUCCUGCGGAAACACCGUCACCAGACCAAAAAGCCGAUGCACCUCUCGCUGGCAGAUAUCGGCAAAUCCAGCCCAUCGAACCGCAGUCCGUGUCCCAGUCCUCGAGCUGGAUCUGGUUUCCACCGUUCCACUGAGGACCUGCGAGCUCGUCGGAACGGUGGCCUCAGCAGAUUGCAUCCUUCUCAGUGCCGCAGUAUGAAUGAUAUUUCCGAUACGCCGAGCACUGACCAGCUGAAGAAUAAAUUCAUGAAGAAGAUCCCCAGAGAUGCCGAGGCAUCUAAUGUGCUGAUUGGAGAAGUGGAUUUUUUAGAAAAGCCGUUCGUGGCCUUCGUCCGUCUGGCUCAAGCCACAACACUUGGAGGCCUCACUGAAGUCCCUGUGCCAACCAGGUUCCUCUUUGUGCUGCUUGGUCCCAAUGGCAAAACCAAGUCCUACAAUGAGAUCGGUCGUGCCAUGGCCACUCUCAUGGUUGACGAUCUGUUCAGUGAUGUGGCCUAUAAAGCCAGAGAUCGUGAAGACCUGAUUGCUGGUAUUGAUGAGUUUUUGGAUGAGGUCAUAGUUCUUCCACCAGGAGAGUGGGACCCCAAGAUCCGCAUCGAACCGCCAAAGAAACUGCCUUCAGCCGAAAUGAGGAAGUCAGUUUUUUCUCUAAAUGAACUUGGACAGCCGAAUGGGAACGCAGGAGGAGGUGCAGCAUCUGCCGAAGAUGAGGAGAUGCCUGCUCCUCAUGAACUUGGAGAGGAGCUGAAGUUCACUGGCCGAUUUUGUGGAGGACUAUGGCUGGACAUCAAGCGGAAGAUGCCGUGGCUGUUCAGUGAUUUCUAUGAGGGCUUCCACAUCCAGUCUAUUUCCGCUGUGCUCUUCAUCUACCUGGGCUGCAUCACAAACGCCAUCACCUUUGGUGGACUUCUGGGGGACGCAACAGACAACUACCAAGGUGUGAUGGAAAGCUUUUUGGGCACGGCGUUGGCAGGUGCGGUCUUCUGCUUGUUUGCCGGUCAACCGCUCAUCAUUCUCAGCUCAACAGGACCCAUACUGAUCUUUGAGAAGCUGCUCUAUGAAUUCAGCAAGAACAAUGAAAUUGACUACUUGGAGCUUCGGCUUUGGAUCGGCUUACACUCAUGCCUGCAGUGUUUGAUCCUGGUGGCCACAGACGCAAGCUACAUCAUCAAAUACAUGACGCGCUUCACUGAGGAGGGCUUCUCCAGCUUGAUCUCAUUCAUCUUCAUUUCUGAUGCCCUCAAGAAGAUGGCGGGAUCCUUUAACUAUUACCCCAUCGAUCGAGACUUCAAACCAGAUUACAUCACUACCUACAGGUGUGACUGCCAGCCUCCAGGUCAAGUAAAUCCAUUGGCUCUCAACACUUCUAUUGCAUCAGGUCUUGAGAACAUCACUGAUUACGCUUUGUUCAACUUCACGGCUCUGGACUGGAGUCAGCUGAAUAAGAAAGACUGUCUGAAGUUUGGUGGUUCCCUGGUGGGCAAAUCCUGCAAAUACGUGCCUGAUCUGGCGCUCAUGUCUUUCAUCCUGUUCAUUGGAACUUACUCCAUGACCAUCUCACUUAAGAAGUUCAAGGCCAGCCGUUACUUCCCCACAAAGCUUCGGAAGCUCAUCAGUGAUUUUGCAAUCUUCACAUCAAUCAUGACAUUUGUUGGUCUUGAUAUGUUUUUGGGGCUUAAAACACCUAAACUGAUUGUGCCAACUGAAUUUAAGCCCACUCGUUCAGACCGUGGUUGGAUUGUCUUGCCUUCUGGGAAGAACCCCUGGUGGAUAUGUGUGGCAAGCUUUGUGCCCGCACUGCUGGUCACCAUCCUCAUUUUCAUGGAUCAGCAGAUCACUGCCGUCAUCGUCAACCGCAAAGAAAAUAAGCUAAAGAAGGGUUGUGGUUAUCACCUGGAUCUGUUCUGGGUGGGCAUCCUCAUGGCUGUUUGCUCCUUCAUGGGUUUACCCUGGUACGUGGCUGCUACCGUCAUUUCAAUCGCACACAUUGACUCUCUAAAGAUGGAAAGCGAGUCCAGCGCACCUGGGGAGCAGCCACAGUUCCUUGGCGUGCGGGAACAGAGGCUAACCGGUACAUUGGUGUUUGUCCUAACCGGUGUGUCAGUCUUUCUUGCACCAGUGCUGCAGUACAUCCCAAUGCCUGUCUUGUAUGGUGUGUUCCUAUACAUGGGUGUCGCCUCUCUCCAUGGAAUUCAGUUUUGGGAAAGGAUAAAGCUGUAUCUAAUGCCAGCCAAACACCAGCCUGAUUUUGUGUUCCUGCGGCACGUACCCCUGCGCCGCGUGCACCUCUUCACACUGGUGCAGAUCACCUGUUUGGCUGUUCUCUGGAUCCUCAAGUCCACCAUGGCUGCAAUCAUUUUCCCUGUCAUGAUUCUCGGACUACUGGUUGUGAGGAAGAUGUUGGAUCUGGUCUUCUCCCAGCAUGAUCUGGCCUGGCUGGACGACAUCCUACCUGACAAGGACAAGAAGAAGAAAGAGGACGAGAAGAAAAAGAAAGAGAAGAAGAAAGCAAAAGCAGAGGAACACAACAACAGCGAUGAAGAUGUAAGGAAGACCACCGUUAGAAAGGCGAUACAGCUCAUUUAAUACACUCAUGAUCGUUGACAGAUUCUUAUGUUGUUUGAGUGUUUUGUGUGAGUAAUUGUUCAUAUCUUUUUCAUUUUGUUCCAGUGUUGCUGAGAAGGCACUGUAUAACAUUUUACAAUUUCUUUGUAUGUGUCUGUCCGUCAAUUUUAUUAUAUUGUGCAACACCUGCAUGGUCAAUUCAAGUAGUUGUUUUGAGACAGAUGUUAUCUUAGUCUUAGUUGUAGGGCUGAGUAAAAAUAUAGAUUUUCAGAUACGUCACGAUCUUCAUUUGAAUGAUCUCGCGAUCGAUUCUUAAAUCCCAAUUUUGUAGCGGUUAGCACUUGUUCUAUAUAUCAAUGUAAAUACUACUUGUAAAUAGAACAAAUUAAGCAUGCAAACAAUAAACAUGUAAUAAUAUACAGUAUAUAUGCAAUGUAUUAUAAGCAAUUAAAAAUUAUUUUAUUAAUAAUAAAUUCAUGGAUUUGUAAAUUUUUAAAAAGCAGAAUUUUUUUUUUUAAUUUACAGAGUUAUAAGGUUCCCUGUAAAAUUAACAGCAUUAACUGAAAGCAAAAUGGACAUUAUAUCUCAAUUAUACCCAAAAUAAUCAGAAACCGAAUUGAAAGCAGGGAUAUUAUAGUUUUAUUUUUUUAUUUUUUAUUUUAGUUUUAACAUUUUCUGGCUGCCAAAGCUAAAGCAUUUAUUUAAAUCACUUAAAUAUGCUUAAUGUUAUUAAAGUUUCAGCAGUCUCUAGUAGUAUCAUUUUCAUGUUUCAAGUUGUAUGAUAUAGUGGUAUCAAAAAUUGAAACUAAAAUUAAUUCUAGGUUUUCUAUUGUAUUUUAGUUCGUUUUGUAGUUAUGAAAAGGUAUUUUAUUUUAGCUUCAGUUUUUUUCCAACCUUUUUAGUUGUUAUUUAUAUUUCAGUUAAAGGGACAGUUCACCCAAAAAUGAAUGUUCUCUCAUCAUUUGCUCACCCUGAUGGUAUCUCAGGUGUGUUUGACUUUCUUUCUUCACCAGAACACAUUUGAAGAAAAAUGUAAAAAUAUCUUGGCUCAGUCGGUCCUUAAAAUGCAAGUGAAUGGAGAUUUCUCUUUUGAUGCUUCAAAAAUCACAGACAGUCAGCAUAAACGCUAUCGAUACGACUCCAGCUGUUAAAUGAAUGUCCUCUAAAGCGGCACGGUCACUUUUGGUGCGAAAAAGAUUAAUAUUUAAUUACUGAGCUCCGAUAUUUUUCAUCAAAUGGGUUCUGGUGAAGAAAGAAAGUCAUACACACCUGAGAUACCAUCAGGGUGAGUAAAUGAUGAGAACUUUCAUUUUUGGGUGAACUGUCCCUUUAAAUAAAGUGUUUUCAUUAACAACACUGAGAGCUUGUGAAUCAAAAUCAAAUUUGGAAAUCUUUAUCAAUACCCAGCCCUACUUUUUUUGUGUUUGCGUGAAAUAUUUGUUUAUCUACACUAUUCGCCCCUGCUGGUAGUUGCCAUAACUACACCAUAUGUGGACAAAAAGCAUCUUUCUCCAUUGAUGGCCAUUCUAAACUAGCCAUGUUCUUACUAUGUAAAGUAGCUGGGAAAAAAAGCCAAUUUUGGACCCUGGUUACAACCCUUUCCAAAAUGUACCUGCAUGCCAAUUGUUUGUUGCAAUGGUGUCUUUUCCCCCCAGUAAGUGUGUCCCAAAGUAGCCUAUCUCUUUGCUCUGGAGUUGAUAAAUCCAUCUACGCAGCCAAAAUCUUCCCAAAACACCCCUAAUUCUGACCCCUCAGCCUCCAACUGUGAGUAACGGAUCAUGUACAUGAUUAUGUCUACAUAUACAAAUAAGUCAUUUGAUCCAAAUAAAGGCCAGGGUAUGCUCUGCAUAAGCAAAUGACUGUGUUGCAUGGUGUUACUGUGACUAUAUGCUCACCCUUGUAUGUUUUGUGUUCUUUUUCUUCUUUAAAGAAAAGAAGUAUCACCUAUGUUUUACCUGCAGUCAUGGUGGGUUUGAUGCAGACGACAGAUUCUGUGUUCUUACCGCAACCUGAAGCGUCUACCUGAAAACUGUAGUACUCCAAAAACAGUGGAUCCAAUAACAUUAACACUCAAUGAAACCGACACAAACCAUAUUUGUCCUCGCACAUACUGUGAGGUGUAAUCUGAGUCACACAAGCACAGCAUCAUUAGCAGUUUUUCAAAACACACUAGACACACAGAUGUUUGAUAUUUUUAUGUAUGUUACAAACGCAGCAAUUGACGCACAUUUUCAAACCCACAUUGAUCAUAUGAGUCAGUUAAACUUGGAUUUCUCUUCUGUUAGAUCAGAUGCCAGAGCUGUGCCAGUUUGGCACAAGAACUGAGAAGCUCACUCACGUAGAUCAUUUGCUGUGUGUCUUGAGUUUACAAAUGAUUCAAUAAAUGAACAAAAUAAGGUUCACGUACAGUAUGCGUGCUAUGGUUUAAACACAGUAAGAUUGAUUCAGUUGUUUUGGAAACUGCUAAGUGAGGACCUGGAAAUAUUUUUAUUUAUUUAUGUAUUUUUUUUUUAUCUAAAAAUAAUGUGGUUUCAUUAUCAUAUUGUAUACAUAUAUUUGCACUGUAUGAUAUUAAAUAUGCAUUUCAUAGAAUCUAGUGUGACACAAGCGCAAAUGAAUUAAAUUAUAGUUAGAAACAAUGUGUAUCUUGCUAGUGGAAUUUAUUUGAACUUAACUUUUUUUGAAUUUCAAUUUAAAAAAUAUCCCAGUUGGAUUUUCGAUAGAGAUUAUGAUUUAUUACUGUAGCAUUUUAUACAUAAAAUUCAGAUACUUGUAACUCAGAAAUGUUCAUGUUUUCAGACAGUUGUAAUGGAGAAUAUGUCUCUAUGUCCAUGAGAACUAUGCACGGGUUGUUUAAUUGAGAUUCUGUUUGUUCAUUUGUGUUCUGUUCAAAUAAAGAAGGAAAGAGGGCUGAAUAUCAUGUAUGUAUUUAUAUGACUCAGUACUGUUUUGUAAGGGUGGCAACCACCGUCAUCAAAAAAGAAAUAAAAAUUACA